GCCCCCCUAAAAUAAUCACAAGCCCCCCUAUCUUUUUGAGUUUUUUUAGGGCUGGGACCUUAACGCGUUAUUUUGAUUAAUUAGAAAAAAAAACAACACGUUAAAAAAAAUUCACGCAUUUAAUCGCAGCUUGCAUUUCGAGCACGACGGAACCUUUGUCAUUGCACGACUUCCUCGUAGACAGAAUAUCACUGACGCACACAACAAUGCACAGUGCUAAUGGCUUCUAAAACGAAAAAAAAAAAACAGAAAGAAGUUGCCUUGCUUGGACUGAUGCAGGAUUUUGGAAACACGUCCGCCUCUUUUCUUAACUUGGAAAAAAAAAACUCCCAGACAACAACGGAGUCCGUGUCACUGACAUUUUUCAGAGAUCGUCUCUGCUUCGGCUGCCCGGUGGCACAGGAAACUUUACAAAAAUUGCGACUCCAACACGCAACCCAUCCAUCACGAGGAGAAUGUGACGUUGAUGCAGAGUCGAUUCUGCACGUAUGAUCUUUGUUUGGCUGGGAUGACCUUCACUGAAAGAUCCACGACAAACAGAUGUGGGCUUCAAAAAUCACACGCAAGCCUGAAAAGGUGUUACUCAAGAGCAGGAGCACUACAGGGGAAUUGUAUUUUUGCAUUUUUUUAUAUUUUUUUGCAGACGUCCAGUGCAACCUGAGUCCUAACAUCUGCAGGAAUACUUGGAUGACUGCUGUUGUAGGAUGUGUCAGUGGUGGACAGGAGGCUGAGGAAAUCCGUGGAGUGCUUAGUGACAUGGUGUGGGAACAGUCAACACAUUUUGAAUGUGUACAAGAAAGAAAUAAUUUGGAGCUUUAGGAGGGGUAACAACAAGCCAAACAGUAUUUUCUUCCUGAGAGAAGAGCGAGGGGGGUGGUGGAAAAUGACAGCUUCUCGAGUGUUGAGUCGGACCACAGAUUGGACAGGAAAAGCAACACUGCUGCUCUGUUUAUAAGAAGAGACAGAGUUAGACGCCACCUCUUGAGGACACUCAGGCUCUUCAUUGUUUCCAGCAUGAUUUUAUCAUAAUUUUUACAAACCUUUGGUGGCAAAUGCAGUUUUCUUAACAGCCAUCUAUUAGAGCAGCAGAAUCAGACGCUGAACAAACUGCACAGGACGUAACUUUUAAACCCCCAGAAUCGAUUGUCAUCAUUCACUUCUUAGGUUUAUUCCUGACUUUCUCUUCUGAUUAGGAAAUGUUCUGCAACGAUUUCCCCCUCAUGCCAUUUCAUUACAGCUCAUUUUGAUCUGUGGGUAGUAGAAGCACAAAAUGGGCCCUCUUGUGAGUGACAGGAACAAAUUCACUGCGGUUUGAAGUGCGACAGCAGUGAGGGGCGUCUCUGAACAGGAAGGGGUUCAACAUGUGAAAUGCGGACGCUUCAGCAGCAGCAGGGAUUAUUUGAAACUGAUGGACCCACAGCAGGACUCUCACUCUGAAAGACAGCCUUGUUAUCCUCCUCUAGACGGUCUUUCCAGGUGGAGCCUCUAUUAAGAGGAUGUGGAUGCUUCUUUUUUCCUCUCUGUUUCUCAACCUCACAUCCAUCCAUGGGAGAAAAUUCCCAGUUUUAUUUAUUUAUUUUUUUGGGUUGUUUUAACUAUCUUGCACACAAGCAAAACACACAUGUCCCCAUCCCAGUGAAAGCUUCUACAGUCACCGUCUGACCUGCUGCUGAGUCUGGAGAUCUCAGAGCAGCUGUUCCAACUCGAACCUCAGCUGACUGCUCCAGGAGGAAAUAUGUUGAUGAUCUUCCCUGUGUCCAAUUAGAAGAGGCGGAGGGUGUGGGAGGCCUGUGCGAGAUGUGAAGUGAUGCUGCCAUAGGCUUAGACUGCUGCUUGUCUUCUCUGUUGAUUCUCUGUUUCUGGUUAUUCUUCAUAUAAAGGAAUGAGGGAGCCAGUUGUUUUCUUAUCACUCAUAAAAGUCACCCUUUACCCCGUGCUUGCUCAUAAUGAGAGACAUUUUCUACCCCUUUCCUAUAAAUUAGCAAUAUGUUAAAGCUGGAGGCUGCUCAUGCCUGAAGGAUUCGUGCUUUAUGUCAAACAUUAUGAAUAGUCACUGUUUUAUGGCUCUAAAUAAGAUGUUGUUAAGAAGGCAGCCUUUCUUUCAACAACCACUGAUGCUGUCUUUAAAACUGACAAAUGAUCAUGCAACGCUUUCCUCAAGAAACAAUAAAACAGGACUGAUGCCUCUAGGUGUUGCCACCAUGCUGUGCUCCAGAUAAAUGCAGAUAAACGAGUGUUUAAUCCCCAUCUCAUUGUUUUUAAUUGAAAAGUUCAAGUUGUGUUUAUUUCUUUAAAAAUGAAAGGCAUCUCCACACGGGAGGCAAACAAGAAUGCUCACAAAAAAUAAUUCUAAAUAUUUUGAGGGGGGAGUCCUGAAGUCAGUGCUCCUGCAUUUUGGUGACUAUUUAGACUCCUAAGUGUGACUUUUCUGCAUCUACCAAUGCUGAAAAUAUAUUCAUGGAAGAGAAACCAUAUACUUGGAGAACAGUCAGACAAAUUGAGGGAUAAAAGGAACAACCUCUGCAUUUUAGAAAAUAAUUAUAUGUUUGCAUUAAAUAGUAUCCAUGCUGCAUCAAACCUUAUAUUUUCUUCUGUAACUUUAGUUUUCAGCGGGACUCUUUUUAUCGAGUCUUUGUUUUCCUGAAGUUAAGUUUUUCUGUAGUCAAGCAUACCAAACAUAUAUGUAUGUCUUCAAGAAGACAUUUCAAAAUAAUCUACGGUGGCUCAAAAGGUUCAAUGAAUAAAAAAAACUCAAAACAAGGGCAAAACCUGUGACAUAAGUACCCCGGUAAUAUUAAUAUUGAGCUUUAAAAAGUACUCAAGUAAAAAUAAUAAAACAGUAGUUGUGGUCAGCUGUAACUUAUGAUAAAACCUUAAAGUGACAGUGUGUAUGUCCCCUGGCAAAAGGGGACAGUACAUAUCUAAAUCAUUGCAAGAAAAUAUUAUUUUCAUUGUUCAAGUAAGACCUUACCUACGGAUGGCCAUUAGGGUAGAAAAUCCCUGGGAUUGCAACUUCCAUCAAAAUAACAAACACAUCAGAUUCCCUUUCUUCACUCGCAACGAUUAAAGAGGUAAAUGUAUAAAAUAACAACGUUUAUUAAUGGUGAAAGUUUUGUAACCAUUUGUUACAAAUCAGUACAUGUGUUUUGUCCUCACGAGCUCGUGUAGAAGGAAACAUGGCAUCCAAUAUGGUGUCGCCCAGAAACUUAGACCCACUCGCAUGUAUUUUAGAACAGAUUUUUAUGGUUAAAUAUUAUGAAACUUCCCAUAUCUUUCAACAGCUGGGUAUCUUUUAAUUAAUUUACAACAACAUUUUGAUGGAUAUUUCCAGAAACUAAUGGUAAAAGCUACAUUUUCAAUUUAAAGGGGACAAACUAUGACUUUUCCUAAGUCAUUACAGUUCAGUGGUUGAUACUAAAUAUGUUUAUGACAUUCUUGGCACUAAAUCCCUCUCACAUAAAGCAAACUCAGCAAUUUUAUUAUUGACAAUGUAAGUACCUUCCAGAAUGAGCCGCUUUAGAGUCACUUUAAGAAAACAAGCUGGAGUUGGCCAUGCCCAGCCAUUCCCUGCUCAGGCUGCUGUAAGCUGAGAAGCUCCAGUGUAGGGGAGGGGCUCAGAGUAGAGCUGCUGCUCCUCCAGCAGCAGCUCUGUCUUGUACAUUAGGGCUGGUUUUAUUCUAAUUUCCCCAUUUGUGACAUCACAAACUCUGACUUUUUGAAACAGCUUAUUCUAGGAAGAUUUUUCAUAAAAGGAAACUCCGUCAGAAAACAGUUAAUUUUUUUAUUUUAUUUUUUUUACAUUUUGAGUGUCCACAGAGGCAGCAGAGACCCACUUGGCAGCACCAUUGGAUGCAAAAGGUUAGUUUUGCUUAAUAUGUCCCCUUUUAUUGUACCAUAAACAUUAGUAAAUGAGAGACAACAAGUUUCAGGACCCGGCCAUUGGACUAAUAAGACCACUGCUAGAACCAACAAUGUCCCAAACGUCAUUCAGUAUUCAGAUAAGGGUCAUGAUGCAAUCGUUUUCACCUGUUAAACGAUCUACAAAUGGAUAUAUUUGGGCAAAAAGAGCGUGAGUUAUUGUAGGGAGCAUGCACCCUUUAUCACCUCAGAAUCUAUGCAUGUGGACUGUAAAUUUGCUGCCUUGUCAGUGGGUCUAUAUUUAGACAUUUUCAGACAUUUUAUUGAUUAGUAAUUGAUGAAUUGGCAGUUUAAUGAUGAAGGUGAAACAGACCUGCUGACCAGGCUGAUAACAUUGACUGAAAAUGGUGUGAAGGUGUUUGGCAUCUGUAGCAGGAUCAGACUAUUAAUCCGUACAAAUGGCCCAGGUCUAUAGUGUGCAAGUCACUGUUGCGGAAACGGUUCUAAAAAUAGCGCCAAGUAGCCAAAGGCUUGUUGCUUUUGUAGACCCAGCGAGGUCUUGCAUCGCCACAGCAGGUUUGAUAUGAAAGCCAAAAAUUGUUUUGAUACGGUCGGCCAGCUGGUGAUGCCGGGAGACGACAAGGUCGUCUGGGUUAUUGAAUGAAUCCAGAGGAGAUGCUGCAGUUUGUGUGGCUCUGCCUCCGCAGUUAAGUUUGUUGUCAGGCGGGUCCAUCUGGUGGGCAGCAGCAGGACUGCUCACUCGGAGACAUGGUACUUUUAUUAUUUAUUUAUUUAUUUUUAUGUGUAACUCUCACCUUCAUCUGUUAUUCCACGUUCAUCCCUGGAGCCAGCCCAUGACACAGUUUCCCACCGUGUGCAGACCGGAUACAGAGGAAGUGUUUAACACACAAAGGCCUAAACUUCCUCAACUGGCGGGUUUGUGGUUGGUAAAGUCAGAUGUGUUCAUUUAACAAUUGUUUUUCAUAUAAUUAUCAUAUUGUCUGACGUGUGUAAGGGAGUUAGGUUUAGCCUAAGAGUGUUUAUGACCGGUAGUAAAGUAAUGCCCACCCGCGGCGCUCAUCUACUCUCCCCAGAGUGAGUGGAACUCAAGCCCCCGGCUGGCUGCCGAAGAAUAGCGGUCGUUAAAUAUUCAUCCUCCGUUCCCGGUGGCACACUUUUCCUCCCUGCAGACCAACCCCUGCUGCUUUGAGCUAAUGCCAGAAGAGCAGAAAAGGCAUGGAGCUAUGGAUUGAGAAAAUGUAAACGGGCUUGGAUAAUUUUUGUUGUUUUUUUACACGUAUUUUCUUCGUCUUUUCCCCCCGUGGACCUGAAAGAGGAUGGGGAAACCUGACUAUGGAGCACUUGGAUUUCCUGAGAAGCCUUCAUGGGGAUCAAAUUUGAGCAGUGCAGAACUGCUUGGCCUAGGUGGACUUCUCCUCAUACUGAACCAUCCCAUAGUUCCACUGGAAAGUUAUACAGGCAUAUCUAACACAACAAAUCUUUUAAAGGUCAGCAGCAUUGCCUCCUGCAUAAGAGACAUGGUGUUCGUCUAGCCAUUUUACAAAAUGCCAGGCAAGAAAGAUGCAAAAAAGGACACCAAGAAGGGUGGUAAAGCUGAACCAGAGAAAAAAAAAGAAGAAGAAAAAAAAGGGAAAGAUGACAAAAAGGGAGGAAAAGAUGACAAGAAAGGUGGAAAGGAUGACAAGAAAGCUGGUAAAGAUGAAAAGAAAGGUGGAAAAGAUGAUAAGAAAGGGGGGAAGAAAGGAAAGGAGGAGACACCUAAGGGGAAAGAUGAUGGGAAAAAAGGAAAAGACAAAGGAAAAAGCAAGAAAGUGGAAUCUGAGGAAGAAGAGGAAGAACCCCUAAGUGAAGAAGAGGAGUUCAGUGAGGAAGAGGAUGAAGAAGACUCAGAGGAUGACAGGAAAGGGCGUGGUCGAGGAGGUAAAGGGGCUAAAGGAAAAAAAGGUGGGAAAUCUAGACGUGAGGAAGACUCUGAAGAUUUUGAUGAGGAUGAGGAUGAUGAAGAAGAAUAUGAUGAGGAUGAAGACAAUUAUGGUAAAUCCAAACAUAAAUCUAAAGAUAAAGGAGGAAAAUCUGAUGCAGAUGCUAAAAAGAAAAAAGGCAAAAGGAAAGAGGAAACUCCGCUGGCCCCUACAAAAGAGAUACCAAAAAAAGGCUUGAAGAACAUGUCCAGGAUGUUUAUGAAAUUUUCUGGUUUCAAAAGGCGCAGAAACAGUGUAAAGAAGCUGAAAAGUACUUCACGUCUGUUCCUUGGAUUGGGGAGAAGAAAGAGUCGAAUAGCUAAGAAGAAACGCCGAAAAUCUAUGUUAAAAAAUACCUCUCGUUUCAUGAUGAGGUUUAAGUCCAGCCAAAAGAAAAAGAAGGAGAAGGAGGCCAAAGAGAAGGCAGCUGCAAAUGGUGGGAAAAAGCCAACGUACAUGUUGCUUCGUCUGGGAGGAGGAGACUCAAGGAAGAAAGGCGGUUUCUUCAAAGGUUUAUUUAAAAAAAAAGACAGCAAGGGACCUGCAGACGACUUCAAAAACAGCAGCUCGUUACUGGGUAAGGUUGCAGCGGUGACUAAUUGGCUAACCAAACGCUUCCUGUCCCGCAAAACAGGAGAACAUUCAGGACGCCAUGGCUUUGGGGGUCGUAGAGGAAACAGAGGACAGUCCAGUUCCAGACGGCAUCUCCAUGGUUAUUAUAAUGAUGGCUAUGAUUUUGAGGAGGAUGACUAUGGACAUGACCAUAAUGGUUAUGCUUAUGGAGAAUAUUAUGAUGAUGAUGGCUAUGGUGGUUAUGGAAUUGAGGCAGAGCAGGCAUAUGCAAACCAGGGUCAAUAUGGUUACUACGAUGAGACAGGGCGUUAUCAAGAUCAAAGGUACUAUGAUGAAGGGUUCUAUGAUCCAAAUCUAGAAUAUUAUGAAGAUGAAUCGUAUGAUCACAAUAAUCCUUACACUUCUGCUCAAGGUUAUUAUGAUAACCAGGAAGCUAAUUAUUUUGGGUACCAACAACAACAAGCAAUGUAUGGUGAUGAGGCUCUUGACUACUAUGCACUAAUGGGUGAGGGUCAUAUGUAUAGAGGGGAGAUAGAUGGUUUUGUUGACCCUCAGGGUCAAGUGUAUUAUGAUGAAAAUGGCCAAGAACUUUACAAUGGAGAUGGUCAAAUGGGUUACUCUGAUAUUGGACAAUCAGGCUAUUAUGAAACCCCUUAUCCAGCAACAAUGGGAAUGCACGGAGGAUUUCCACCAGACAUUCAGCUUGGCUAUAGUGAUGCUGGCAUGCCCUAUCAAGACCUAAGCUCUCAGCAAAUAAUUGGAUUCCCACCUGGAAGUCAGCAGGUCCUUGGGUUUGGAGGGCAAGGAUUUGAUCAGCUAGAGGGCCUAAACGGAGGCCAAUAUGCUGGCAUGAUGAAUCACCAAAGAGAUGAUACUGGUGGGAUUCAGCAAGGGGACAUUACAUUUCGAGUUCCCAGACCUCAGGUGCGCCUAUUUGGUAAAGAGCGUCUAGAUGUUCCUUUGCCCCCUCCGCCUACCUUGCCACCUGAUCCAGAAUUUGAAAAUAUGUCAGAAAUCCAGUAUGAAGACCAGGUUCCUCUUGUACCAUUUCAGACUGGAGACAUGAUGUUGCUACAGCAGCAAAUGCCAAUGCUACCACAACAACAAAUGAUGAUGUCCUCUCAACCACAAAUGCCCCCUCAACAACUGAUCUCUCCACAACCUCAGAUUGUGUCAUCACCACAACAAAUGAUGUUUCAACAAGAACAUAUUUCACCCCAAAUGAUGUCAUCAGAAGUGUUAACACAGCAGCAUUUUAUGCCUCAACAAGUGACUUCCCCCCAGCAGCAAAUGACAUUAUCACAGCAACAAAUUAACUCCUCUCCACAGCAAAUGGUGUUUCAACAAGAAAACAGUGUGUCACCCCAAAUGAUGUCAGCAGAGAUGUCAACACAUCAGCAAUUUAUGCCCCAACAAGUGAUGUUCCCGCAACAGCAGGUGAUGUCAGAGCAGUUGUUGUUUCAACAACAGAUGCCCCCACAAGCAUUUCAUCCACAGAUUAUGACAGACCCUAUGAUGAUAUCACAGCAACAAGGUUCCACACUCCCACCAAUACCAACACCAACAGCCACGAUCAUCAAACAAGCAACCAUGUCUCCCCUUCCCUCACGCCGGAUACAACCUUCUCCAACUCCAUCUCGUCGAUCUGUCAUAAUGCCUUCCCCGCUAAUGCAGCGGCAUUCCCCUGUCCCCAUGGUUCCGCCCGAGCCUGCUCCUAUAAUUGCACAGAGGCACGGCCCCUCUCCGCAACCAUCUAUGAGGCGUGGGUUCAUUAAUGCCCAAAGACCACCCUCUGUUAUGUCUCGACAAAUCUCACCUCCUGCCUCCCCUAUGGCUUCCCCACUUGUUCAUCGUAGAAUGCAGCCUCAAAAGGCAUUUUCUCCGCUUCCUCAAAGACCAUCAUCACCCCCCCACCCUCCCCGUGCCUCCAUAAUUCAUCGUAGUCCUCCACCAUCACCCAGAGCACCAGUAAGGCAACCUUCUCCACCUUCAUCACCCAGACUAUCAAUGAGGAUGCGAAGUCCCCAGCCAUCACCCAUUCCUGCCCGGAGUCCAUUUAGAGAGCGACAGAUGCAAGAAUCACGUUCAUCUCCCCUCUCCCCUUCUCAUCAGUCACUUCCUCUCUCUCCAAGACUCACCCGAAGAUCUUCUCCAUCUCCACCUCCAUCUCGUCGAAGUUUAUCACCUGCAGGACCUCGUCCAGCUGCAUCCUCUCCUACUCUUUCUCGACGCUCAACUCGAUUGCUAAGAGACCCCACUCCAUUGGCCAGGCCUAGGAUGGGAGGAAAUGUUCCUUUAGGUACUGUGAGGCCCUCCCCCAUGGGUCUCAGGGGACGUCCAGUUCCCCCACCAACCCAGAAUGUGCGUCCAUUUCGUGCAUCUUCUUUAAGAAGUAAUAGGUCAUCUGUUCUUACUAUAGACUCAUCCAUCCACUCUUCACCUCGUCAUUCUCCUCGUAUGUUUCAUCAUGCUCCCCUUCAGAGGAGAGAAUCUGGUCGAAUUCCUCUUCGCCCUAUAGCACGAGGGCGGCCACUUAUGACCCGGCAGUCCACCAGAAGCAUGCCCCCUGCCUCCCCACAGCUCUCCCUCAAACAGAUGUCACACCACGCAUCUCCACAUCUCUCUCCUCAGCUACAUCAUCAGACUUAUGAGCCUUAUGUGCCAGAACAAUCACAUGAAUUUGUUGUUCCAUCAUCUCCCAUGUUAUCUGGUUCCUUACAGAACCAGGGUCACAUAUUGAAUAUGCAAAACCAAGCUAUUCAGGAUGUGCACUAUUCUCCCUUUAUGCAGACACCAAUGUCCCCUUAUGAGCAGCCUUUGCCUUCUUCCACGGUACUGUCUGGAGCACUACAAAACCAGACUGUCAGAGAUGCAUCCUAUGUGUCUCCACUUGAGAGGCCUCAGUCUCCUUAUGCUGGAUCUGUGCCCUCAUCACCAAUGCUUUCUGGAGCUCUGCAAAACCAGGCAAUGAGAGAUGCGUCCUAUGUGUCUCCACUUCGGAGGCCUCAGUCUCCUUAUGCUGGAUCUGUACCCUCAUCACCAAUGCUUUCUGGAGCUCUGCAAAACCAGGCAAUGAGAGAUGCGUCCUAUGUGUCUCCACUUCGGAGGCCUCAGUCUCCUUAUGCUGGAUCUGUACCCUCAUCACCAAUGCUUUCUGGAGCUCUGCAAAACCAGGCAAUGAGAGAUGCGUCCUAUGUGUCUCCACUUCGGAGGCCUCAGUCUCCUUAUGCUGGAUCUGUACCCUCAUCACCAAUGCUAUCCGGAGCUCUGCAAAACCAGGCAAUGAGAGAAGCGUCAUAUGUGUCUCCACUUGAGAGGCCUCAGUCUCCUUAUGCUGCAUCUGUACCAUCAUCACCAAUGCUAUCCGGAGCAAUGAGACGUGGUCAGGCAAUAAGAGGUGUGGCUUCUUAUAAAACUCCACAGUUACAGUCUCCAUAUGGACCAACGGUUGUCACACCAUAUGAUUACAUUUCUGAGCCUGGUCCAGCGCCACUGCUCCAAGAUGCACUCAUCAACAGAAAUGAUUUGCGAAAUGUGUCUAAUUUAAAAUCUCCCAUGAUGCAACACCGCAGUGCUUAUUCACCAAGUGGACCCCAGCUCCACAAUGCUCUUCAGCAGAACCCAAACCUUCGCCAGGCAUCUUAUCAUACACCAAUGCAACUACAACGGUCCUCGCCUGGAUUUCCACCACCCUCUUCACCAAUGUUGGGAAGUGCCCUACAAAAUCCUCAGUUGAUGCAAGCAUCGUAUCGCCUACCAAAUGGAGCUAUGAUCUCACCUUAUGCAGAUCCUCGUUCUUCCCCAUUGCUUGGCCAUGCACUACAAAACCAACAAGUUCGCAGCGCCUCAUAUAUGAUGCCAGAUGGAUCGAUUAUCAGGGACCCGCGUGUACUUCAGAAGCCAAUGUCACCUAAUCUUUCUGGGGCUCUUCAAAACCAGUAUCUCAGGGGUGCCUCAUACACUCUUCCUGAUGGCACCAUUCUAGAUCCCAGACAACAACAACCUAUGUCCCCAAACCUUGCAAGGGCCCUAAACAACCCAGCUCUGCGUCAAGCUUCUUACUCUCUACCUGAUGGUACAAUUGUGAUCGACUCCAAGACAGAAAAGUCCCCAAACCUUAUGGCAGCACUUCAGAACCCUUACCUAAAGAGUGCCUCUUACACUCUACCAGAUGGCACUAUUAUUAUUGAUCCACGAAAACCUGCUUCUCCAAACCUGUCCAAUGCUCUUCAAAACUCCUCACUAAUGAACACCUCUUUCACACUACCAGAUGGGGUUCGAAAUCCCAACACUCCUGUGUCACCAAAUCUGGCAAAGGCUCUCAACAACCCAGCCUUGAAAGCAGCUUCAUACACCCUUCCUGAUGGAACUCUUAUUGUGGACCCGAGGAAACCAAAAAACCCAAACUUGAUCGCUGCUUUGCAAAAUCCAUAUCUAAAGGAUGUGUCCUACACCCUACCUGAUGGAACCAUCAUUAUUGACCCAAGGAAACCAGUUGGUCCUGACUUAUCUAAAGCUCUUUUGAAUCAGAACCUUCGUAAGGCAUCAUACCAACUCCCUGAUGGUUCUCUGGUUCUUCCCGGUCAGAGGUCUUUACCCCCAAACUUGUCAGGUGCUCUCAGGAGAAACCAGGGGCUUCGUUCAGUUAAUCUCUAUCAUUUAUCGGAAAACUCAGUACUGUCUGGUGCACCAAAACCAACCAGUCCCAAUGUUGCUUCUGCACUAAAGAAUGAAGAACUACGUGGUGUCACGUACAGGCUGCCAGAUGGCUCUCUUCUCACACGCCGGUUCCAUAACCCAAAAGUGUCUGAUGCCAUCCAAAACCAGCAGCUUCGUUAUGCUUCGUACACUGUGCCAAUGGGGCUCCAGGGAGAAGACCAUCGCUAUGCUGUUAUACCUCCUUAUGGGCCACGAUCUGGCCACUGGGCUAGGAAUGUCCAAGGUGGAGGUGAAGGUGGAGAGGAUGUUUGGGCAGCUGAGAGGAUUUUGCCACAUGGUACACUUCAGAAUUUGUCAAAGUGGUCUAUGUACAAAGAAGAUGGGAUGUUAGAGGGAUACUUCCCAACUCCUCCAGUUGUGAGCAGACAGCAUCAAAAGCUAGACUGGACUCCAGACAGAGAUAGAGUCCCAGGUCAAAGCUGGUAUGAUAAGAUCUUCUCUGUUUUAAGCAUGCCCACAGCAGUCCACAGGGUGCAACGCUGGGCAGAGGGAAUGGAAGACAUGACGCGGCUGCCUGAGCUGAAUGAGACCACAGUUCUGAUGAAUCUGAAGAAACGCUUUGAUCACGAACUUGUAUAUACAUACAUUGGCAGUAUCCUUGUGUCUGUGAACCCUUACAAGUUGCUCAACAUUUACGGCACGGACAUGGUGCUGCAGUACGAAGGCCACGGUCUAAGUGACAAUCCUCCUCAUCUCUUUGCCAUUGCUAAUCUCUCAUACACAACCAUGAUGGAUGCCAAAAAGGACCAGUGUAUUGUGAUCAGUGGAGAAAGUGGGUCAGGAAAGACUGAAGCCACUAAACUGAUCCUGCGUUACCUGACAGCCAUACACCACAAGCGUAACGUCACACAACAGAUUCAGAUCCUAGAGGCUACACCCUUGCUAGAGUCUUUUGGAAAUGCCAAAACAGUGCGCAACGACAACUCUUCACGCUUUGGCAAAUACACGCAGCUCUAUAUGGAUGAGGGUGUAAUCAGCGGUGCCAUAACGUCUCAAUACCUGCUGGAGAAGUCCCGCAUUGUCUUUCAGGCCAAAUCAGAGAGGAACUACCAUAUCUUCUAUGAGAUGUUGGCAGGUCUUCCACCUAAUGAGAAACGCUCGCUGUAUCUGCAGGAAGCUGAGACUUACUACUAUCUAAAUCAGGGAGGUGACUGCACCAUAGUGGGGAAGGAUGAUGGGGGGGACUUCAGACGUUUACUGAAUGCCAUGGACAUCCUGUGUUUCACCCCAGAGGAGCUAAACAGCAUUUACAGCCUUCUGUCCUCUGUGCUUCACCUGGGGAACGUCUACUUCCAGCCACAUCAGGCUGAGGGCCAGGAGGCUGCAUCGGUGGUGAGUGCUCAUGAGCUCAGGGUGGUAGCAGAGCUUCUGCAGGUCUCACCUGAGAGCUUGCAAAAAUCUGUCACCUACAAAAUGACAGAUGCAGUGAUGGAAAAGAUCUACACUCCACUGACUGUGGAGAGCGCUUUGGAUGCCAGAGAUGCUGUUGCCAAGAUCCUGUACUCACUGCUGUUCGGCUGGCUGACGGAGCGCAUCAACGGACGCGUGUACCCUCGCAAUGAAGCCCUUUCCAUCUCUGUGUUGGACAUAUAUGGAUUUGAGGAGCUACAAGUGAACAGUUAUGAGCAACUGUGCAUCAACUAUGCAAAUGAAACUUUGCAGUUCUACUUUAACCGAGUCAUCUUUCAGGAGGAGCAGGAGGAGUACAUGCGAGAGCAGAUUGGAUGGCAGCCACAACCCUUCAACAACAAUCAGGCGUGUUUGGACCUCAUUUCUGCAAAGCCUCAUGGGAUACUACGCAUACUGGAUGACCAGUGUGGCUUCCCCCAGGCAACAGACCACACCUUCCUACAGAAGUGCCACUAUCACCAUGGAAACAACUCGCUGUAUGCCAGGCCAAAGAUGCCACUGCCAGAGUUCACCUUGAAACACUACGCAGGGAAGGUUACCUAUCAGGUGCACAAAUUCUUGGAUAAGAACUUUGACAUGGUUCGUCAGGAUGUUUUAGACCUCUUCAUCCAGAGCAAGAACAGAAUGAUAUCGAGCCUCUUCCUGAAGCACUCAGAGUCUUUGUCACUGCAGCGGUCCAAUGUGAGGCGCGGCAGCACAGCACGACGUCAUCAGGCCAACACAGUCAGCGCAAAGUUUCAGAGCAGCCUGCAGGAGCUGCUGGACAAGAUGGAAAGGUGUAACCCUCAUUUUGUGCGAUGCAUCAAGCCAAAUCAUUUCAAGGAGCCAGGAGUGUUUGACUUGGAGUUGGUUAACACUCAGCUGCAUUACUCUGGUAUCAUGGAGACCAUCCAUAUAAGGAAGCAGGGCUAUCCAAUCAGAAUGCCCUUUCACAGCUUCUUGACAAGAUAUAAAGCCCUGCUCUGCCUGGAGAAUUCUCCGCCUGCAGACGGAGAAAAUUGCGUUACCAUGCUCCACAAACUCUGUCCAGCCAAAGAAGGCACGUAUCAGGUGGGAGUUAGCAAGAUUUUCCUGAAAGAAGACUUGUACCAGCUGCUGGAGGGGAAGCGUGAUCGUGUGCUGGACAUCGCUGCCAUGACUCUGCAGAGAUACACGCGCAUGUGUUUUGUCCGCAAGAACUUUGUCAAAUUUAAGGGUUGCAUGACUCUGUUUCAAGGCCGUUGCAGAGGCUACCUGGCCAGAAAAAAGUUUGCUCUCAGGAGAAAAUACCUCAUCAAGCUUCGCUCUGCUGUGCUGCUAAUUGUCAACCGCCAGCGCUACAUGAGGGUAUGCACACACAGUUUGAGCCAUCAGGGGGGCCAGCUGUGUGAAAGUGUGAUACUGUUGUCUUUCUGUUAGACAGUGGUGGAGCCUGCGAGGAAGGCGGAGGAGGAUCGGAUCAAUCGAGAGGUUGUGAACGUAACAACUCUGCCCAUUCCUGCUGAACUGGCCGGCUUGCUGCAGGCAGCUUCAGGUGGUGAGGAGCUGCAUUCUGACUGCUUGGCUGUGGUCCAGGCUCCAAAGGUGCAGGUGGACCCUCAGCUGAUUCUGCCCCUGGACAUCAACAACUACCUCAUGACUCACUACAUUCAGACCAUGUUUAGGGAGCCGUUGUUUGGGAUGCUCACCGCCCCUCUGGAGGAGUCUCUGAUCCGAUUGGAUGAACAGUUAAAACAAGGAUCUCUGAAUGUUUUUAUUCUGAUACUCAGGUUUAUGGGUGACCCAAACUUGAAUGGAGCUCAGGAGAACCUGUUUGGGAACUACAUCAUCCAAAGAGGACUUUCACACCCGGUCCUCAGAGAUGAAAUUCUGGUCCAGAUAGCCAAUCAGGUGUGGAGAAAUCCUAACAUGCUGAACUCAGAGCGUGGCUGGCUCCUCCUCUCCUCCUGCCUGUCUGCCUUCCUGCCCUCUCAGAGGCUGGCUAAGUUUCUUCUUAAGUUUGUGUCAGACUACGGCCCAGAGGGCUAUGACUGUGUGUGUCAGCACCGUCUGCUUCAGGCUUUGCAGCGGCUGGGCCUCGGUCCAGAGUACGUCCGCACUUACCCACCCUGUCUGCUGGAGUGGACCGCCAAUCGCAAGAAAGCCCACACUGUUCUGCACGUGCAUUGCUUCGAUGGUGUGUCCUUCCUGUGUCCAUUGCAUUCAUGGACAACGGGAGAAGAGAUUGCCAAAGACAUCCUACAACACAGGGGUGUGACGGAAGGCCGGCGAGGCUGGUCAGUGCUGCUUAAGGAGCCGGCUCAGUGGGUCGAAUUGGAGGGCUCAGACUUCAUUUUUGACUUGAUGUCAGACCUGGAGCUCCCCGCUGACUUCCCCAAGCACAACAGCUACUUCAUCAUCUCCGCUCUGCAGCCAACAAGAGUGCGGCCCAAUGCCAGCAUAAGCUUGCUGGGUGGUGGGUUUGACAUGAACAAUGACAUUCCUUCAGCCAUACCUGGCUUGGAUCUACUCAGCCAAGAACUAGAGCCUCAGAGAGGGAUGGAUCGCUAUCUUGACAGCCUGUUUGACCCGGUCCUGUCUGAUGGAGCUGGAGAAGCAGACACAGCAGCAGGACUUUCCAGCAGAAUGAGGGGGGCUGGGGGAGUCGGUGGGAAGUGGCAGCAGCAGGGCCAGUCCGGGGGCCAUCCACCCCCACCCGGAGCUGUGAGAGUCCUUCCUGUUGGCGGUGUGAUGUCGCCUCCUGUUGCUGCUGUGGCACCUGUAACACCUGGAAACCAGCAGGCUGUUUUGGCCCAGCAGCAGCAGGAGAUUGUGAACCAACAGGCCGUCAUCAUGGCCCAGCAGAUGACCAUACACGCCAUGGCCAUGGUCAGCAGCCCCGUGUCGAGUCCCCCAACCUCCCCGAUCACGAGCCCUCCCAUGAGUCCUCUCCUCCCUCACCCUCCCAGCGCUUACGUCCCUGCCAGCCCAUAUGCCGUCAUACCUCCAAGUCCAUAUGCAAACAUCCCACCGAGUCCUUACGCCAACUUCACUCCAACUCCCUACGCUGGAGCCGUCAUCCCAGCCAGCCCUUAUCUUCUUUCUGCUCAGCAGGGACACACUCUAUCACAGCCGAACACUCCACUCCCAACCGAGCCUUGGGCCGCCCGCCCUGACCCCCAUCAGAGCUCUUCCACAGCUGAGGCAGCACAGCCUAGAUCUAAAUCCUCGCCACAGGUUCAGUCAGGUAAGGACAGCGUUCCUCGGAGAAAGGCUCCGGGCGUUCCUAUUAACAAGGAGCCAACCAGGAAAUUCGCCCCAGUUGUGACGUCUCCUCUGCCCCCUGCUGGAGAUGUGGUGAAGUAUUCAUCUUCAGAUCACAUCGUUCCCAGCCAUGACAUUCAAGAAAUCAUCAAAAGGUACAACUCACCAUCACCGCCUCCAGACCUGCUACCGCCUGGCAAGAGGAGACCAGAAGAGAAAUUCAAGAAGAAGCCAACGGCUCGUGACGAAGCUUUACAGAUUCUUAAACCUCAGAUGGAGCACCCUCCUCCUCCACAGCCCAAACAACCUGUUGCCCCCUCACCAUCUGCUUCUGCCAUGAAAGAGGCAGGCUUUAAACCCACCAGGAUCACAAAAGCAAGAGCACCUGUUCGUCCGCUGCCCAAAACUCCUCCAGUUUCUCGAGAGCUUCCAGUGGAGGCCGAGAGCAUCCAGACCCAGCUUCAUCAGGGCAGCAAUGAGGAGCACUACACCUACACCAAUGUUCCCUGGAGGCUGUAUCUCAGAAAGGAGGUGUUCUACCCCAAAGACAGCAUCAACAACCCUCUGGUGCUGGAUCUCAUUUUCAAACAGAUAGUGAACGACACUCUGUCGGAGGCGUGUGUUCGGAACCGAGAUGAAAGGCAGAAAAUGAAGGCUCUCUUCGCCAAAAACGGUGUUGAGCAGAACAUGGAUCCAGUGGAGGAGCACGUGAAAACCAUUGUGACAGCAGCGAGGGAAACCUGGGAAAUUAUACUUCCCAGACUCUUCCCGGCCUCGGGAAGUGUAGGGACAGGUGUGCAGGUGUUGGCAGUGUCUCACAGUGGCAUCAAAUUGCUGAAGACAGUAAAAAGCAGUGCCGCAGCUCCAGAUUACUUCAGAGUCCUGCGACCGUACACUUAUGCUGACAUCCUGUUUGUGACCAUCCCAUCUGAGAACAUGUUGGAGUUCAAUCUGACCAACGAGAAGCUGAUCCUGUUUUCAGCCAAGGCAUUACAAGUCAAACAUCUCAUAGACACCUUCAUCAGUGAGAUCAAAAAGGACUCAGACUACGUCAUUGCAGAGCGUAACUUUGUGACCGAGGAUCGCGCGAUGCUCAGUUUCCAUAAAGGUGACAUCAUCAGGCUGCAGGUUAUGAACGGAGUGGAGAAAGGUCAUAGUUACGGCUGUGUGGUGAGGAAGAAGGUUGUGUUUUUGGAAGACCUUAAAAGAGACACUGAGGACUUUGGUUGGAAGUUUGGUGCCAUGUUUGGACGCUCUGGGGCAUUCCCGACAGAAUGCGUCCAUCCUGUUGCUCCUCCGGACUUCCUGGCGCUGCCGCUUGACCGAAGAGCAGAACCUCGAGGCGGAGCGGACCAGUUUGCUGUGUCAUCAGCUGUUGCUGUUGCUGUAGCUUCAACCACGGCUGCGCAUGAGAUAGAUCAAACGAUCGAGAACGUGUCCUUUGAUGGAUUUUCUGAUGGAGAGCUGGAUGAGAGGAUGAUGCAGGACAGUAAAUAUGACAUGUUGGAGUUUGCCAAGAAGUACUUCAGACAGGCAACUGGUGGAAAGGGAGAGUUCUCGAAGAGCAAAACUAAGAACAGAGACUCCAGAGAGCCCACUGAGAUGAUCAAGUUCUCCAAGACUCCACUGACUGAGUCUCUGAUCGAGUUCACUGACUCGGGAAUGAACAGGGUAGCAGCUGAUCUCUUCCUAUCUAUCAUGCGCUUCAUGGGCGACUCUACACCAAGAGGCCUGUCAGAACAGGAAGUGCUCAGCUCUUUUCUCAAGUUGAUUGGAGACUUCACCUUGAUGAGGGAUGAAGCUUACUGCCAGCUCCUCAAACAGCUCACUGCCAACACCAGCUCCAAACCGGAUAGUUGCCAACGAGGCUGGAGAUUGCUGUACAUCUUAACGGCGUUCCAUCGCUGCUCUGAAGUCCUUAAGCCUUUUCUGGUAAAAUACCUGCACCAGGCAUCUCGCAGCGCCGGGGCACAGUACCAGGGUAUAGCUAAAGCGUGUGAGCAGAAUCUGAGGAAGACGUUCCAUUAUGGUGGUCGCAUAGUUCCACCCAACAGCAUGGAGCUUAAGGCCAUGAUGGCGGGACGCAGCUCAAAACGGCAACUGUUUCUCUUUCCCGGAGGCAUCGAACGCCAUGUGAAAAUCAAAACAUGUUCUGUGGCGCUGGAGGUGAUAGAGGAGCUGUGUUAUGAGAUGGGUUUACACACAGUGGAAGCCAUGGAGGAAUACGCCAUAUUCCUAGUGACCAACAGAGGUCAGAAUGUGCGUCCUCUCAACAAGAACGAGUACAUCCUGGAUGUGGCGACAGAAGCCGAGUUAGUUGACUCCAACUACAGCUUCUGGUUCCGGCGGGUCGUCUGGACGCAGCCGCUCAGAUUUGAGAACGAGCUCUGUGUGACCAUGCAGUACAACCAGAUCCUUCCUGACUACCGUAAAGGUCUGCUGAACAUCCUCUCUCAUGGAAAUGUGAGUGAUCAACAGUUCCACCAAAUCUCCAAGCUGGCUGCUUUACAACAAAGAGCCAAAGACAUCGUCUUCGUUCCCAGCAUACACGAAUUAUCGGAGUACAUCGCUGCACCUCUUUUCAAAAAGCAGCCGCCGCAGCAGUGGGUAACCAUGGUAACGCAGCACAUGCAGCAAGUACAGCCUCUGAGCCCACACCAGGCCAGAGCACAGUUUCUGGGGCUGGUCAGUGCUUUCCCCAUGUUUGGCUCCUCGUUCUUCUACAUCCACAGCAGCAGCUCCACCACCUUCUACGCUCCCUGUAUUCUUGCUGUCAAUCAACGAGGCCUCCAUUUCCUACACAAAAACACACACGAGCUGAUGAUAGUGGUCCCCCUGGUGGAGGUGCAGUCUACUCGCACCCAGAGGCCCUCGGCUGGAACCAGUUACCCAUAUGUGGACAUCACUCUGGGAGACCUGAACACACAGCGGGUCAUUCAGCUGCAGCUGGAGCAGGGCCUGGAGCUGUGUCGAGUCAUCGCCAUGCAGGUUGAAAACAUGAUGUCUGUGCGGGCAAAAAGGCUCACGCUGCCACCCAGUGAAAUCACUAUGCUGUGACACACGCAUACACUUAACAAGGCUCACUAAAGUUUCUGUGCAUUUAAAUAAAAAUAUGCUGACUCAGCCUACCUCCUCUCAUGCUCAGGUGUUCCUGCUGCUCAUACACACACAAGCAUGUAGAAAAAGUCACUGGGAGGUCAGCUGAACAACUGCUGGAUCAUUUCUCCUAAAAAAUGAUGGCCUACAAACUAUAAAUCUGGAUCUUCCAUGUUUUUCUGUCCAAGUUUUAAUGUUGAACUUAAAAGUUUUCAUAUUUCGAUUCUGUACUCCGACAAAGCAUCAGUUCGUGAUGUUGUGUUAUUAUGCUUAGAAAGUUUUAUAAUUGAUCUACUGCUUUAUUUUUUUAUUAUUAUUUUUAUAUUACUGUGGUUGAUUGUAAAUCGUGUACAUUGUGGCUUUGUUGAACACGUUUUUUUAUAAAUAAAUAUUUUAUCAAAAUAAAAGCUUUUAGAGAG